AUGGGUAACGAGGAAUCAACAAUGGUAGAUGAAUCCACCGCCCCCUCCGUGCUCGGAGCGCGCAACAUUGAGGCAGUGGCUGAAUACAUCAAAAAGCAUGACGUGAAGAAAGUGGUGUUAAUGGUCGGAGCGGGCAUCAGCACUUCAGCAGGGAUUCCGGACUUCCGCUCACCGGAUACCGGAAUCUACGCCAAUCUGGCCUUCCUAGACCUGCCAGAGCCUGAGGCUGUGUUUGAUAUUGGCUUCUUCCGGGAGAAUCCCAAGCCGUUCUACGCGUUGGCACAUGAGCUGUACCCCGGUCGCUAUCGCCCAACCAUUGUGCAUUCAUUUAUCAAAUUGCUCCAUGAUAAGGGCAUGCUGCUCAAGCACUUCACUCAGAAUAUCGAUUGUCUCGAGCGCCAGGCCGGUGUGCCGGGCGAUAAGAUCAUCGAAGCUCAUGGUAGCUUUGCCUCGCAGCGCUGCAUUGACUGCAGGGAAACUUAUCCAGAUGAAGAGAUGCAUGUUGUGGUAUCCAAGGGCGAAGUCCCCCACUGUCACCACUGCAACGGACUCGUCAAACCCGACAUUGUGUUCUUUGGCGAAGCCUUGCCAUCCUCAUUCUUUGAUAGCCGCGACUUACCCGCCGAGGCCGACCUCUGCAUCGUGAUGGGAACCAGUCUCCAGGUGCAGCCGUUUGCCAGCCUACCCGGGCUCUGCAGCGAAGGCGUACCACGCGUACUCAUCAACAAAGAGCGAGUUGGUGGCCUGGGGUCCCGCAACGACGAUGUGCUUCUUCUUGGGGACUGUGAUGCCGGGGUGCGCAAGUUCGCUCGAGCUUUAGGGUGGGAAGAGGAAUUAGAGAAACUAUGGGAAGAGACCAACCCGGAUCCCCAGCUACGGGCGGAGGAGACCGCGCCCCCGCAAACUAGGGACGAGCGGCUGCAUGACGAAGUGGAGCGGUUGACGGAAGAAGUCGACCGAACUCUGGGGUUGACAGAUGCGUAUGAAAGCAAGGUGCGCGAAAAGCUGGAGUCACACGAGGCACACCGCCAGUCUGAAGGUCUGGGCCAUGUCUUCCCCCAUCUGGCGCGUAAGCUGUCACAUUGA